UUAAUGAAUGUUCCUUUAUUUUCUCCCCUGGCACCGUAGCCUGCUUCUUUCCAUCGAGUCCAUGAUGGCAUCCCCAAGGCUGGAGACGUUCUGCUGCCCAAACCGAGACGCAUCGACCGAAUUUGUCAUUACUUUUCAGCCCCUCUUCUUUGGCGCCAUUUGCAUCGGUAGCGCAACUUUAAGUUCGAUAUUUUCUAUUUUACAAAUUUUGCCCAAACGUAGGGGUUACAGGCGCCUUGGACAGUACCCUCUUCCCAAACCAGCGUCUUCGUGGAGAAUAUUGUUUAUCAUCAGCAUAUGUGAUAUACUGGGAUGUGCAGGUAUCAUAGUGAGGUCAUCAAUCUGGCUGGGCCUGCCCAACCUUGUCAGGGGGAUCAAUGUGGCCAACAACAGCGACAUGUGGCCAGAGGUGUUCUGUGUCGGCAGUGCAAUGUGGAUCCAGCUGUUCUUCAGUGCAUCCUUCUGGUGGACCUUCUGUUAUGCUGUGGACGUCUUCCUGGUGGUCAGAAGAUCUGCAGGAAUCAGUACCAUCAUCCUCUAUCACAUGAUCACAUGGGGUCUGGCCGUGUUGCUGUGUGUGGAGGGUGUGGCUAUGCUCUACUACACAUCCAUCUCCAGCUGUGAAAAUGGCCUGCAGCAUGCCAUUCCUCACUACAUCACUACCUACGCUCCUCUAAUGCUGGUGCUUAUAGUCAACCCUACACUGUUCGCCAGGACUGUGUCUGCAGUGACAGCAUUAUUGAAGGGACGACAAGGGAUCUACACAAAAAAUGAGAGACGCCUGGGAACAGAGAUAAAAAUACGCUUCUUCAAAAUCAUGCUGGUCUUCUUUAUUUGCUGGCUUCCCAACAUCAUCAAUGAGAGCCUGCUGUUUUACCUGGAGAUGCAGACAGACAUAAAAGCCAGUGACCUGAAAAAUAUACGAAACACAGCCCUCAUCACUUGGUUUAUCAUGGGGAUCCUGAACCCCAUGUCAGGCUUCCUCAACACGUUGGCCUUCCAUGGCUGGACGGGCUUUGAUGUGGACUGCAGCCUGCAGAGGAGAAGGGAGCUGGCCUGGGAUUCAGCCUCCACCUCGGCGGCUAACAACCCUAUCGUGGGCUCCCCCCUGCUCUACCAGAGCCACGCCCAGGAGGCCAAGAACAUGACCGGCAAGAACAUCAAGGGCAAUGGGCAGUCAGCCUCUGACGCCAUCAGCGUCCUAUCAGAAGGUUCAGAGUCUAGUACAAUUGAAAUCGACAUUUCCACUGAGCACCAAGAUUAUGAGGAUAUAGACGCAGAUGGAGAAUCAUUGGGGAGUUCUGCAAGGCACUAGCUGCUGCAUCACCUGCUGCCAGCCUCCACUCUCCAUCUUGUUUUGUCUCUCCCCCACUGAGUUUUAGACCCUGUCCCCAUCCGCUGUUUGAAAACCCUCAACUCAAGACACCUCUUUAGAUCCAACAGCAGUGUUAAAAAUGAUCUGUCUACCUGUACCAUUUCAUUUAUUUCGCUCUUAAGAACUGCCAUUUAAUUACUGCUGUAGCACAGUCAUAGAGGCUUGAUGUUGUCACAGAACAACAUGACACAUUUGGCCACCAGUCUGCUCCUCAUAUGUCAUGACGAUACAUAACAGGACCAGUUAAUUUGCCUCAUCACUUUAGCCAUUUGCUAAAGACAGUGUGGUGUUACAUUAUUGAACGAUCACCUGUACAGUAAUGGAAUAGUCCCCAAGGCUACCUUAUAUUCCUGCUUUAGCAAACUGGCUCAAAUUCAGAUCUUACAUCUUGAUCCAGUAUUACUGCCCUAUAUGACAUGUUCACAUAAUUAGCCCCCAAAAGCAUAAAAUAAUGGGAAUAUCUUUCCUGAGAUGCUAUUUAGAGGGUUUUUAUAAUGACAUGUUUUACAUUGCACUUUGAUUCUAUUUUAUACAGUAUUAAACAUCAAGCAAUUGUUGAGGUGGUGUUAUCUUUAACCCAAAUUGAAGCAGGGUGUCACGCCCUGACCUUAGAGAGACUUUUUUAUUCUCUAUUUGGUUAGGUCAGGGUGUGACUUGGGUGGGCAAAUCUAUGUGUUCUAUUUCUUUGUUGGCCGGGUAUGGUUCCCAAUCAGAGGCCAUCGUUGUCUCUGAUUGGGGAUCAUACUUAGGCAGCCUGUUUUCCACCUGAGUUUGUGGGAUCUUGAUUUUGUUAGUUGCUGUAUAGCCUGCAGAACUUUACGUUCAUUUAUCUUUUGUUGUUUUUUUGGUGUUUACCACGCUGCACCUUGGUCUCAUUCCAACAACGGACGCAACACAGGGUUUCAGUACAUUGUCAUUUCAAGUUUGAUAAUGUAUCACAAGCUAAAUGAUAACAUUAAAUAUCUCCUACAGUGCUACACUAACACACUAAGUGUCUACUUCAUUAUGCACACGAUCAUAGUAAUGCUAUACAUUCUGCUGCAUAAGUGACGAACCCAACAAUACAAGAAACGGACAGUGUUUUCUCAUAUCAAAAUAGAGUGAUUUAUUUGAGACAUUGAGUGUGAAUUCAUUGUUUAGUCUUGGAAACAGAUGACCAUAUCCUAGACUGGGGUAGGAGAGAGAUCGCUGUCAGUCACAGCAUUUUAUUCCACACUGGGCUUCUCAACAAGCCAAGAUGGCCACCAACCACAGCCCGAUUCUCAGUCUGACACAGACAAUAUUGGCUCUCAGCAAAAAAACAUCAACGCCGGAUUAUUUAUAUAUAAAAAAAAAUGACAUAAAAUGCUGGCCUUCCUCUUUCAGCACAAAUCCAAACAAAAGCUGAGCCUACCUUCUGAAAAAGUGCUCUAAAAAUUAGCUUGACUGAAAGACCUAAAAAUGAGCUUGACUGAAAGAAUGGACCAGAAAAAGGCAUUCUCAAAGUGGUGGCUUGUUAGUUUGAAAAGACUGUCACGUUAGACCACGAUAAGUACAAGUAGACAUACUGCACACAAAGCUAAAUCCAUCAUACAGGCAAGUCAAAUAAGUCCAAUCUGACCAAUUAGAUCAGGCGGUGGCAAUGUCGGGACCUCAACCCAACUCAACCAAUCACAGCUUAGAAGCUACAGUAGGACUUCCAUUUGACCAAUCAGAGCCUGGUUGAUCAGUCAGCGUGUAACCUGGGUUUCCACCAGAACGAUCACCCUGCCAAACAAAGGAGUACUGUAAGAAAAGCUCAGUAGAUGACUAGUGAUGCCACUUUGCUACUAAAGCAACAUUAAGACAACACAAUACAAAUGUUCACAGCAUCCUCUCCUUCUCAAUCAGCAUGUGCUCUGUCUGUUCUGAUUUCCAUUUCAAUGGUUGUCAUUAGGGCUGAAUACAGACACGUCCUGUUUCACAUCCCAGACCUGAGCCAGGGGUAA